AUGCUGCUGAACAGUAGCAUUUGUAUAGUACGUUCUUUCCAUCUGACUUUCAAAAAUGAAAUUGAAAGAAUGGAAAUGUUUCUUUUUUGAGAAGCAAACGAGAGAGACGAAAAAAAGAAGAAGAGAAGACGUCGGAAACGGAGGAAAAAAGGACGAAGGAAGAAGCUGCCGAGUGGGGAAAAGAAGAAGCCUGUUGGAGGAGACGGCAGACGAAGACGGCGGCAAUUGGUUUGCCCAAGAAGAUCGGCUCAGUUGAUAGUUCCCGCCGGCAUAAUUCUGCGCCUCUGUCCCAGCCGGUAGCAUCCAAAACAAGUUUAGCCAACUUUCGCGAAAGCAAAAGGUUAUUUGAAUUAAGUCCUAACUACGCUACAAGUUCGAAAACUGAAGAGAAAAUUCAAGCUAGAGCUUUACAAGAGUAAAGUGAAAUUCUAUAUUGUUAAUAUUUUUGCUCCUAUUCCUAUUUCAAAAAUCUUCUUUCAUAAUUACAAAAUAAAGUGAAGUUUUCUCAACAUACUUUGAUAUGUAGCGUUAGCCAAAUUUUUGAAAACCUUGCCUCAACUCAAAAAUUAAAUCUGAUUGAACAACUGUCAGACAAAAUCAACGUAAAAACAAGGAGACUCUUUUAUAGUCUUCUCUGUUUUCGUGAAAUUUUGUUUGGGAAAAAGAAAAAUUCAGGACGCCGAUUCCGAAAAAUUGGAUGUUGUUCUUGGCGCGAACUUCGCAAAGUCUAUUUUUGUCGGGGAAAUUAGGCUAAAAGUACAGCCUCCGAAAAAGUCCAUUCCGAGUCAACAAAAACAUGAGACAGGCCAAAACAAAAGGUGAGAGGUAUAGGUUAUCUCAGGUGGAAGGCUUCGUCGUCGUCGCCAAAAUUUUAAGUGAGCUCAUUUGAAUGUCACAAGCCGCGGCCAAUAUGCACAGCCGUAUGCGGCGCAUUCGCAAUUAGCCGCCCUGUUGUUCUCUUUCACACAUCCAAAACUCAAAACUCAACCACUCUGUUUUCAAUGAGUUUUCUUUUACCGAAAAAAAUGAUAAGGAUAAACUUAAAAACAGAGCAGCUAGUCUGCAAAAAAAAAAGAAUUAUUCAAAGUUCUUAAUUCUUAACCUUAUUCUCAUUUUUUUUUUACGUUUUAAAAGCUAUCGAUGAUCAUAUUGGAACUUUAAAAAGUCUAACUGCAAUGAUUUUCGACGAAAAUCCACCCAUCUCAUUUUAGAAAUAUGUCGAAGCUGCUACCAUGAACGCUAGGAAAUGCGACAAAAGAAAAAAAGAGAAUAUGAAGCGCUCGACAAAAUUAAUGGGCGGGCUCGCCAUAGGCAUAGAUGGACAAGUCCAAAACCAGCAAAAUUUAGAGAGGAAUUUUGUUUAAAAAAAUUGCCGAACUUUGAAUCGCUUUAUAUGAAAAAUAUUCUGAACGUUUGAAAGUUCUUUAAAAAGUGGGAGUCGAAAAAGGAUUUCUCAAGCGUUCUCAAGGGACGGCUGCACUAAAAAGUUCAGCCCUGACUCCUGGUCCAAAAUAUCUCACGAUCUUUUCUGAGUCGAAAAGACUAAUAACCAAGUAAAGUAAGAAUCUUCGGAAGUAAAAACAAAACCAAGAGGAAACGGAAAAGGCAACAACGGCGAUCAAGAUACGAAGCGCCAGACGACGUUAUACGAGAAGGGCUGAUGCCAAAAGCAACGACUUCAAAAUGAGGCGUGAAAAAGAAAAACUGGAAGAGAAAACUGGUCUCAGGCGUCCAUGUAGAAACGCGACGCAGCCGACGGCGCUGCCAAGAAAAAAAGUUUCCAAUUGUCGAGGAAAAUCGGCUGUGAAGAGUUCAGGAAGUUCACACAGACAGGAAAAGAACAAUGAAAAAGUUCGAACAUCAAAGAUCACUUUCUUUUCGGUUUUGCAAAAAAAAAAUCGAAAAAAAAAACUAUCUGAAACGUUUUUUAACCUUAGUUCUUGGCGCUUUAAUUUUCCGUCAAAAAGUCCAGAAUGUUACCUACCACCUCCAAGCUUCACCUAGAGUCCUAAAAAUAUAGAUUUGACCAACAAAAUAAGUCCGUAAAUGAAGGAUUUGCGUAUAAAACUUCCAUGGUGAAACUCAAGUGACCGCCUCCAAUUCUCAUUCGUUUAUCGCUGCAAUCUCAUUAUUCAUUACUCAGCCAAGUCCAUAAAAAGACCAGAAAAAUGGUCAUAAGAAGGAAAUUGGCAAGGCGGCAGACCUGCCUAAUCCAACAUUCUCCCAUUACCUAACCGGACGACAAACACGGAGAGACUGAGUGGAAAACAGGACGAGACAAAAGGACAGUGGCACAAAAGCGCUGACGGAGGCCGACGACGACCUUCGCCGCCAUCAAAAAUGUCCCUCUGAUUGCUGGUCCCGACCAACUAUUUGCAGGAUUGGGAAGGCGGAAAGGCGCUUGAAAGUGCACGCCGAGGACUUCAACCCGAGAACGGGGGUACUCUUCGGAAGGAAGCCUGAUAAAUGAAUAAGUGUUGUAUGACGGGCAAGAAGAAAAACGGCCGGCGAGUCUCAUCAGCUGCUGCACGCCAACAAUGCUCAUUUCAUUCCGUUUGGGAGUCAUCUCAUUCCGUCUUCGAGCCAAGUCGAAUCACCAAGAUUAGUCCCCAUGUUGCAAGCGUUAUGUUAUGAUGUUUGGUUAUUUUCGGCUCCGCAAAUAGAUUUUGGAGAAAAAAAGAAGAUUUUGAUGUUGGGCCAUAACUCAUAGCGGGCAAAGACGUGAAUUUUUCUUUGUUUUCCCGUAUCGAGGAAAUAAAAUAGAGGUAACGUGUUGGAAGAACCUUUAGGAAGAAAAUUAUGAACAGAGUUAAAAAUUAAUAAGAGACUUCGCCAAAAAAAUGUUUAUUGUUCAAACUGAACAACCUUCUCAGGUAAAAAAAACAAACAAUACUUUCAAAGUAAACCUGACAAAUUUCUUCAACUCAGUUCCCGGUUUAUGAGUUAACUAACUUCAACGUUUAGAUUUCACAGCACAUCUAAACAUAUAAAAACCAAGCUCAGAAACAGGACGGACCGAACAAGGCAAAUAAAUGUUCUUUUUGAACUUGAGACCACUGUCGCUUGUCAUUCAUUCAAAAGAGAAGAAGGAGUUCAUAAGCGCGAGAAUCGGCUAACGAGAAAGAAGGAAGUGCGGGAAAACGCGGCGGGAGGUGUCGCUGCGAGGAAAGGUCGACGACGUCGACGCCAGACAAAGAUGCGACGGAAAAUGAAGACGAAGAACGAGACGCGGGACAAUGCGGCGGUUCAUCGGAAGCCAACCAACAGCUGAUUCCUACACACUCCAGUGCUUCUGUCGCGAGGCCGACUGCCAAAGUCGAAAAUCCACCGAAAUACCGAACUCAAAUGUGUCUACUACACGAUCACUCGGCCUGGACAAAAUUUUCAAAAGCCACAACCAAAAAACUCUGAUGGAAACUUUUAAAAAUUACAACUACUUAGUUUAUUACCAAUUCAUUUUCUAUGCUUGAUUUCAAAACUGAGAAUUCGGUUUCUAAUCAUUGUUGAUCGAAAAUUCUUAUUUCUACUAGAAAUGCUCAAAACUUUCCGUUUGAUCUUAAAUAUUUCUGAACCAGGCGCAAAAAAUAAAAGAUGCCAAAACAAAAUAACCUGAUUCUGACCGAAAAAAGGAACUUUUAGAAUUUUGAGAAAAGGACAUUGGAAGUUAUCCCAGCAGCCGAGGCAGGAGGAAAUGAAAGAAAUCUUGGCCAAUAACAAGGAAAAGGCGGAUUUCGAGGAAAUGUUGCAAGAAAAAUUAGAGCGGACGUGUUAGGCGAGGUAGUCAGGUUGCGGACGGACGCCCGCAGACACACAAACACUCGCCGGAUAUAAUAACGGCCAUCCAGCUCUUUCGGCCGCAGCAACCCAUCGGACACCAAAUUGCCGCCGCCACAGACAGAAACAACCUCGCGACAGGAAACGUCAAAUCAAAACUCCAAAAAGUGCAACACCAACGACCUCGUUAGGCAAUAACCGAGCCGGCCGCCGUCUGUUUGAGCGAAACCAACGACAAAUUUGAGAACUGUCCGUGAUUUUUUCGUCAACCUGAGGAAAAAAAAUUCUCAAUUUAGCCUCGGUCACAAGUAGGCGGGUUGAAAAAAAAUUUCAGCCUGAACUUCAAUGUUUCUAUUCUAUUUCUCGACGCUACGACAUUUAGGUGAUAAAUAAAUUCCUUGAACUUCGAAGUAUCACUUUUUCUCUUAAAAUCUUCUUUUCUUUGUAAAAAUUCAUAAUCUUCAUGGUAAUUCGUUCAUUAUCUCAUGACUAUCGAAAAAAGACCUUUCCCCGCUAUAAAUCUAGAAUUAUCUUCUUCACACUCUGGCGAAUAAAAAGGUCAAUUAAGGAGCGAUUCCAGGUGUUCUGUUGUCAGAACAGGCGAGUCGGACCAGAGGCCAAGCCUGUUCCCAAUGCAACAAUGCCACGGCAAAUGGACUAGCGGAAAACGGCCGUAGCAAGACGAAUUCCAAAUGCAUUGGAUCCAUCUACGCACACGAAAACAACAAAUGA